GAGGAGACAACCAACAGCCUGCUGUCGAGUACUGAAGAACGCUGCUGCUCGCUGUCACACUCCUUCUCCAACAGCUCUGACUUUGGAUCUGUACCUCUGUCGCCAUGUGUAAAGGACUCGCCACACUUCCUGCGACAUGCCUGAAAAGUGCCAAAGACAUCAAGCACAAAAUAAGCUUCUUACUGCAGAAGCCUGAACCUCAAGCUGCAGAUCAGAAGCAGAUGAAGGAGAAGAACGCUGCUGCUGCUGUGAAGAGGGUUCCGACUGCAACUGAGGUGAAGAAGUGGAAAGAGUCUUUCAGCCACGUCAUGAACAGUGACACGGGUCGUCGGGUCUUCAGCAGCUUCCUGAGGUCAGAGUUCAGCGAGGAGAACAUGGAUUUCUGGCUCGCCUGUGAGGAAUACAAGAAGACAGGAUCGUCUAAACUGGAAACCAGAGCCAAGCGGAUCUACCGGCAAUACGUGGAGGCCGACGCCCCUCAUGAGGUGAACUUGGACGGGGCGACCAGAGAAGAAACGAGGCAGGGCGUGGAGAACGCCUGCCCGACCUGCUUCGACGAGGCCCAGAGGAAGAUCUACGUCUUGAUGGAGAAAGAUUCCUACAGACGCUUCCUCGUCUCCAAGCUGAUCCAGGAUCUGUCUCAGAAUAAAGAGAUGAAAAACUGUGACUGUGUGGAGAACAGGCAGACGUUAACUGGCGGCGCCUAAACGAGAAGGAAAGAAGGGACGAAGACGAGGCUGCAAAUGUACAAGAGGAGCUGGAAGAGAUCGGUUUAGAGUUUGGAAGAAUCUGUGGUUUAGAAGGUGACGUGAAAAAGGUUCAUGUGGGAUGUGGUGAAGAUUUUAUUUCUCUUUUUUGAUACUUUGCAUUAAUUCCUGGAUGUUGUUGGUCAUUUGAGGUUCCGUGCUAUGCCGACUGUCUGUGCGUCUAUAUAUCCCGCCCCCUUUGUCUGAUUUGAGCAGUUUACGAUAUAUAAAUAUGAUGAGGUUUUAAAUAUUUGCAUUGUGAGCUUUAAACAUUUGCUUCUGCAAAAACCCGACCUGCUCUCCGGUCACGUCGAGGUCAUGUUGACGCUGACGACAGAAAACAAUCUAACGCUACCUCCACCCAACGGAGACGCCUCCAUUCAACCCUGCGGUCAUUUGUAUCCCGAUGACAACUACGUCUCUGUGAAAUGUAAACCAGUUCUAUUUUUUAAAGAAUGACCCAACUUGAUUGUGCGUGAUGAGAACGCCAGCAUCGCCGAAUGUUCAGUGUCUUACCCAUCAGUGUUAAAAUGUUGUAUUUAUGAGAUUGUACCAAGAUAUUUAUACAUUUUAAAAAUAAAAAGAAUAUAAUUAAACCAGAGCAGCUGAUGUGUACUUGUUUAUUCGUUCUAACAAUAUUGUCAGAGUCUUUAGUCCUGGUCGUAACAACAGGCUGCACAAAUGUUGAUCUUGACUUUCUGUCGCAUGUCUUUUAGAUUUGUGAUUUAUCUGUAAAUGUUUCAGUGGUCGACCUCCCUCCUCCCGUUCACACCCGAUCUGAGCGAGGGGUGGGGGGGGGCACAAUGUAAAAAUACCUGUUCAGUUCGAUGGCCACGCUUAAAUGUUUUAUCAGAAUGUAAACUCCCCUACGUAGAUUUGUGUUAAAUGAAAAUAUUGUCGUA